AUGUCUACAAACACUCAAGAUUCCAUCGAUGAUGGGAAAGUCCACAAUGCAAUCGAUGUCGAACAGCAGAAACCACAGCAGCAGACAGGGACUCUGCUAGUCGAGACUCCGAAGACACUCGGUGCAGGGUCUGCCCUAGCUCUUGGCGCAUUCGGAACUACAUUGACAACCCUUUCUUUGAGUUUGAUGGAAUGGAGAGGCGUCACGACAGAUAAUGUCUUCGUUGCGAAUUUCUUCUUCAUCGCUGCCUUUGGGUUGGUGAUCACUGCGCAAUGGGAGCUGUCCAUUGGAAAUGGGUUUGCCUAUACCGUUUUUAGUGCCUUUGGCCUUUUCUAUGCUGGAUACGGUGCUAUCUUGACUCCUGCAUUUGGUGUCGCCCAGGCCUAUGGGGGCACUAGUUCUCCUGAGUAUAACAAUGCUGUGGGGUUCUUUAUGAUUCUGUGGACGGUCUUUGUGUUUACUUUCUUGAUUGCCUCGCUUCCGAGUAAUGUGGCCUAUAUCUUGGUGUUCCUGUUCGUGGAUCUUGGGUUCUUGACGGUUGCUGCCAGUUAUUUUGCGAUGGCAGACGGCAAUGCUGCCGCGUCGGUGGCCUUGAAGAAAUCUGGCGGUGUCUUCUGUUUCCUGGCAGGAUUGAUCGGGUGGUAUAUUGUUUUCCAUCUUAUGUUGCUGGAAUCGCUGGUUGAUUUGCCUUUGGGUGAUACAUCGCGACUUUUUGGAAAGAAGAAGAGGCAGUGA